AUGACGGAACUUGAAAAGGCUAUAGAGGCGCUCAAAGCUGCCGUCAAGCAAAGCGGAAUCGACAAGCGCAUCGGCGAUGUUGUCAGCCAGUUUACUUCGUACCUUAUUCUCUUGAAAUCGUCGUCUCCUUCCUCACAAUCAAUAUCAAAACUUCGUUCUAUCCUUCGUCGACCUCUAGUUCCCUUGUAUGCUGCCGUUCCCGGACCUGCGCUCCAGCUUUCCUCCGCUGUACUUCGCAAAGUAGUCGAUGAAAAACUGAGAAAUGCCCUGAAUGCUCAAAAUCUUCAACUAAGCGCCUGGUGGAAUGACAUUGCAGUUGCGCUUUUAUCAGGUGUCCUGGAUUUUCUUGAUAAACAUGGUGAUGAUAUGACCAAGGAAACCAUUGCAUUAGCGUUUUAUCCGACUAUAUGCACGCUCUUCUUCUAUCAGGACGCCUCCUUAACACUUUUACCACGAACACAAAGGACGGCAUAUUCUCUGUUACAUGGAACGCUUAGCGGACAUCCAGGAAAUCAACGGAGGCUACGGGAUCAUGCUGUUCUUGGAGGGUCGCUUAUUGGCAUCGCAAUCUCACAGUCCAAGGACUACCUUGUAAUCGAAGCCCUUCUGGAUAUAGUGGGAUGGUUGAUCCCAAUAACGAACAAAACGGAGAAAGGGACGGUGAAACGGACAGAGUUUAUCAACAACCUUUUUGGUUCCGAGAAACACUUCAGCUGUAGUUCGGAACUAGUCAACGCCCUCCAAUACAUUAGCAGCUCGCACUGGGAGGAUACGGUAAUGAAGAUCAUGGAUACUUUGGCCAGGAGCGAUAUCACCUUCCCUCAAUCAUUUGCCUUGGACGAAGUCGAUGUAUGCGGCAAAUGUUAUCCUCAACCGACUGCAUUUGACCGCUUGCACCUGGAUAGAGAAUUUUUCCUUGCCAACGUUGUUGAGCAGGAUGAUGUUUGCGACAGCUUAAAGAUCUCCUAUAGUCAUAUACGCUCUGUUACGAUCGACGUGUCAAAGGCGCCACCGCAUGGCAAAGUCAUUGUUCAUGUCGAUUUAACAACGCCACCAAGUAUUGGAGACGUGUCGUUUGACGUCCCGGCAGGUCAGAAGCUUUACUUGAAAUUCGAAAUUCAACGGGAGGAUUUAAGCAGGCUCAUGGAGGCUUUACGGAGGCGUGGUAUAGUCAAGCUCAGUUUCAUAGGUGAAAAUCCCCAACAACAAGCUAAAAAACGGAGAAGUGUUGGUCUCGCACAUAGCAUCAGACUUUCGGGCGACUCUUCACCACCACCACAAGGGUCACAGUAUGAGGAUAAAGUUAAACAUGUUCAAAACGGUGAAGUCCCUAGGUUCAGUUCUAUAUUAAUAUUGACUUCAGAGCCGACAGUGUACGAAACCAACUUCCCGGAUGAUGCACGAUCUAUCGCUGCUCACUCUGAGCAAGAAUCCAUGUCGGCACAGCAGGCGCUACCCCGAAUUCCGGCUAACAAGCCUGAGGUUCAGGAGUCCAAAAAUGACGCCAGCGCCGAGCGUACCCAAAAGACUGUCCCCAGACCUCGGCCUGUAUCCAAGUCCGCGAAAAAAGUUGCGCCUCUUCCGGUUACUCCGCCUCGCAAAAGUCCUGCAAAGGACGACCCCCUUAGUGCAGUACACGUCUCAGUGUUUGGCGAAAGCGAUGACGAGCUCUCCGAAAUAUCUGACGACGAACUUCUCAAACCUGUCGCCGACGUUCGCUUCAUAGUCCAUCCAGCACAAAUUAUCAAAGCCAAGCCAGCUCCUAGUCUCAGCGCAAAAAGCAUCAGUUUUCAACCAGCGCCCAAACGCAUCGCCAAGCGAAGGUUAAUUGUGGAAUCCGAUAAAGAGGAGAUACGAGCCACGCCCAAGGGCGCUCAGAGGGCGACAGUUUCACCAGCUAAGCCAGACAUUAACGUAGAGACCGUAACGACAGAACUUGGCAAGACACGCCGCAUCGAUGGCAAAUGUUCUUCCACUCUGAGGUCGUCUAGCACUAUUGACACAGAUCUAGAAAAUGUUUCCCUGGAAGUCAAAAGGCCGCAUACACUAUCCAACAAAGAGACCAGUCACCCAGGACCAGCCAAUAAUGCCGCCAGAACACAUCUCGACGACGAUGCCUUCUUGAAGGAUGCUUCUGUUCAUGAUCAAGUGCCACCAUGCAAGACUAUACCCGACGCGGAACUGACUGCACGCGGAAUCAUACCCACUUCACCUAUGAAGAAUCUGGCAACAGGUAAAGGAACUAUGAGGCGUGUGCCCCCUUCAAAACUCGCAGAUUUAGCCAAUAUACCAGUGAAGCUGGCAGGCACUCGACGCAAACGAGAUGACGCAAGUUCCCCCACAAGAGCACCCGAGGUUCCAGAGGACGAUCAUCCACCUAAGAAGAAGGCCCGUAAAACUGGCGACAUCCCUAACAAGCGUGCAGCAAGUAUACUUCUCGACCCUUUCGAACCGUCAACGACGUCGAUAACUAUCACGAAGGCUCCCAGGAAGUACGGAAAGAAAGGGAAGGCACUGUCACCUAUUCCACCAGAGAACGUAGACUUUGACGAAGUUCCUGGAGCAACUUUGAAAGGGAAGACGAACGCGCGAGCUAAGCCAGUUAGGGCUUCCAAACCGGCACCGAAGAAGGUUCCAACUCCGAUUUCUGGCAGACAAACCCGCGCAGUCAUUCUGCGACGUAGGAACGAGAAACCGCCUAAACCCGAGUCGCCCGAAGAGAUCAACCCGAAACUCCAGCCCCCAGAAGCCGACACCGGGAUAGUCGCUGCAUCAGGACCAGUUGAACAAAUUACAAAAGUGGAACCCCUUCAUAAUUAUGCAACCAACACUCCCUCCGUGUCCCUUAAGCCAGAGUCGGCAUCAAGAGAGCAAGCCAAUGAGAUGGACAUGGACCGGGCGGGUGCGAGCACCAAGACCAAGGCUGGAAACACUAAUACAGUGAUAACCGAAAAGAAACCAUCAACUCCAGAGUGUGCUCAUACUCCCAAAUCAAAGAGGGCACCUUGGGAGGACCCGAUAUUCGUUGCACAACAUGCCCCGGCCGAGGAAGUGAAGCCUUUGGGGGUCAGCCCCCUAGAUGAGGAUCCACUAGAGCCAAUCCAGGAUGUCGCAUCGGGAGAUGUAGAUGAAGCGUUCUUCGGCGAUUUCAUUGACUAUUCAGUAUCAUUGAAAGGGAGCGAGGAUCCUAUUCUUCCUGCCUCCUCAGAUCCCCCUCCGUUACAAUUGACCCCACGUAAAUCCCCUGUUUGUAUCGACCUCACACUGGACCCAACUCCAGUAAAAGAUUGCCACAGCUCAGCAAAGGAUCGUGGCGUGUCCAAGGAUGCCGGAAUACUCCCGAGUAAAGGCCCACAUCCCGUAGAGAGCUUCAUUGCAGUUCCAGUUGCCUUACACGUCACCGGACCUCAAGAUGGUCAUGGGACAUGUAUCGGGGUCUCAAAGCCUUCUACCGAUGUUGCCAUGGAUGUCAUCAUAUCCCAAGAUCCUUCCCUCCUGCCUAUUCCCUCUCAUAACGAAGAGCGACGAGAGCAACUCGCAGCGUUGAAUAUUUUCCCCACCCCCAUCAGAACAAACGAUGCCGAAGGUUCUUCGGUUGGGCCUCGUGAUGUGAGGCCCUCACCUUCCGUUCCGGUUCGUCGGAGGCAAUCGGUCGUUUCGUUUGCAUCACCACUGGUGACCCGGCCCAAUUCCGAUGAUGCUGUCCAGAUCCCCACCGUGACAUAUUUGAAGUCUAGUAUUCGAUCUAACAACCAUGGUGCGUUUAGAAACGGUAUCCCCGGAACCAAAACUCGCCCGCCCAAUGGACCAAUUCUGGACCGUGUCGUCUCACUUGUUUCUGAUGACGAGUUUGAAUCAUCUCAUCCUGUGCGGAAGUCGUCCUCCAAUCGGGUACGAUUUGAGAAUCAUGGGUUACCAUAUUCGCUGUCCCCUCUCGCUCUGAAAACGAGCGCCCACCCAGUCAAACAAAUCCCUGUUCAAAGUCCCCAAGAACAACCUGCAAAGAAGUCGCGAAGGGAGAACAGUCGUCGUAACAUCAAGUCCGAUGAGGGUAAUGAUAUCCAGGACAUAGUGGAUGUAUUGAGUGACAUCCAGAAUGUUAUAGUGAAGGGCAUCGCGAACAAGUUCAAAAGCGUCAACAAAGAAGUCCGCGCUGGGAGGGAGGAGCUCCUGCGUGACGCAGCUGAAGACUUACACGCGUUGGCAGAUGCAUAUGCAACACAAUACACCUCAUUCAUAGUUCUGGAGGAAGGUUAUUCUAAGUACUGCGCGACUAUGACACGUCACUGGGAAGGCUUGAUCAAGUCCAGCGAGCAACUUCAAGAUAAUCUGAAGAAGGCUCUCGAGACACACGACCGCAAUGUUUCUUCCAAGACGUUUCCAAAAUCACUAUUUCCACCGAACUCUAGAUUCUUGAAGCAUUAAUUCCGUGUAUCUUGAUGGCCAUUGACAUGUACUGUAACUACCCGCACCUUGCCAUCAAGGGAUUUUCUAUUGUUCGACUACUGUUUGCAAAUCGAAGUUCAUG